AGUGCAAUUUCCUGUCCCCUCAACAACGUUGGUUUCUUUACUGGAUGCAAGCAGAUUGAUCGGGCUCCUCGGUGGACAAAACCAUCAUCUGAAGAAACAUGGGUGACCAUCACAGUGUCUGACACACGGCAGAGUCUUAAAACAAAGGCCUUUUAAAAAGAGAUAAUCUCUGUGAAAACAAAGCCUUACCUAUUCAUGUUUGCACCAAUCUCCUCUGAGUUUCAAGAAGAAAACCAAACUGAAGACAGCAGUCUGUAAAAGCUUGUGGAUAACCCGGUUAAUCCUCCGGGGUCCUUCACCAGCAUUCCGUGAUAAGAAGCACAUGAACUUCUGCUCAUUAAAAAAAAACAAAAUUGAUCACCUUAGUAACUGCCAGGAGCCUGGAUCCUGACUUCCAGCCAUUGAUAUCUGUGUCAAAAUUGAUUUGCACCCAUCCUUUGAAACCACUGGUGACUUAAUCAGAACUUUGGAAAGCAAAGAAAAAUGGAAGAAAUCUUGGUGAAAGAGAAUUAGAUGUUGAAAACAAACUACCAGGAGGGAAACUUACCUUGCUAUUUACCGUCCAAGAGCAAAUGUAACAGGCAUCGUAAGUAGAAAAAAUGAACAGCACAUGUACUGAGGACCAGCAUGAUCUGGAUCACUAUUUGUUUCCAGUGGUUUACAUCUUCGUACUAAUAGUCAGCGUCCCAGCCAACAUUGGCUCUCUGUGUGUGUCUUUUCUGCAAGCAAAGAAGGAAAAUGAAUUAGGCAUUUACCUCUUCAGUUUAUCACUAUCAGAUCUGCUGUAUGCAUUGACUCUCCCUCAAUGGAUCGAUUAUACUUGGAACAAAGACAACUGGAGGUUCUCUCCGGCUUUGUGCAAAGGAAGUGCUUUCUUCAUGUACCUGAACUUCUACAGCAGCACAGCAUUCCUCACCUGCAUCGCCAUUGAUCGCUAUUUAGCAGUUGUCUACCCUCUGAGGUUUUCUUUUCUAAGGUCCAGAAGAUGUGCAUUCAUGGUCAGCCUGUUCAUCUGGGUAUUGGAGACCAUCAUCAAUGCCGUCAUUCUGUUGAAAGAUGAAACAGCUGUCGAAUAUUGCGAUGCCAAAAAGUCUAACUUUACUUUAUGCUACGACAAAUAUCCAUUGGAGAAAUGGCAAAUCAGGUUCAACUUUGUUAGGAUGUGUGUAGGCUAUGCGAUACCUUUGAUCAUCAUCCUGAUUUGUAACCAGAAAGUCUACCGAGCUGUGCGACAAAAUCAAGCCACGGAAAACAAUGAAAAGAAGAGAAUCAUAAAACUACUUAUUAGUAUCUCGUUGACUUUUGUCUUGUGUUUUACUCCCUUUCAUGUGAUGUUGCUGAUUCGCAGCAUUUUAGAGCGUGAUGUGAAAUUAAAUGAACAUGUAUUUGACCACAACAAGUCUGGGAAGCAGGCUUACAAAAUCUAUAGAAUCACAGUUGCAUUAACAAGUUUAAAUUGUGUUGCUGAUCCAUUUCUGUACUGUUUUGUAACUGAAACAGGAAGAUCGGAUAUGUGGAAUAUAUUAAAAUUCUUUGCAGGGAAGCCUAAUAAAUCAGAAAGACAAAGAAAAAGCUUACUUUCUCUAUCUACCAAAGAUACCGUGGAAUUAGACAUCCUGGAAUAGAACCAAGGAAUUUUUUUUAAGAUACACAAUAUUGUAUCAUCAAGAUUAUAUUCUGAAAAGGAAAUCUAAGCAUGAAAGGGGACUAAGGUCUUCCAGUUGAGAGAUUGUUUUAAUCCUCUCCAAUGGAAAUGUUUUUUAAAGUGCACUGUAUAGCACCCUGAUUUUUAUUAAAUGAGAAUUAAACAAAA